ACUCAACGACAUCAAUAAAAUUAAAUAAAAAAGGAAUAAAAAUAAUAGAACCCAAACGCAACCUUGUUCUCGCUCCUCUCUCUCUCUACAACCUCCGCCAGCAGGAAUUCAACACUCUGGCUCCAUUGUUUCUCUCUCUAGAAAUCAACAAAUCACCAGUCCAGUUCAAACACGGAGCAAUUCUGAUCCAUCAAUUCCUCUUAAAUCACUCAAAUUAAGCUCUGAAUUACACUCAUUCGUGUCUUUACAGAGCUUCAAUUCAUCAAAUUCAUCGAUUCGAAAAAUUAGGGUUUAAUUCGAGCCGGUAGCGAUGGGACAAGUGUUUCGAAAGCUUUUCGACACGUUCUUCGGUAACAGUGAGAUGCGUGUUGUAAUGCUUGGGCUGGAUGCGGCUGGCAAAACGACUAUAUUAUACAAACUGCACAUUGGAGAAGUUCUAUCAACUGUUCCCACAAUAGGUUUCAAUGUGGAGAAAGUUCAGUAUAAGAAUGUGGUGUUCACUGUUUGGGAUGUUGGCGGACAAGAGAAAUUAAGGCCAUUGUGGAGGCAUUACUUCAAUAAUACAGAUGGACUGAUCUAUGUUGUCGACUCUCUCGACCGUGAAAGAAUUGGUAAAGCUAAGGCAGAGUUCCAGGCAAUUAUCAAAGAUCCAUUUAUGCUUAAUAGCAUCAUCUUGGUGUUUGCAAACAAACAGGACAUGAAAGGAGCAAUGUCACCUAUGGAGGUAUGUGAAGGCUUGGGCCUCCUUGAUCUUAAAAACAGGAAAUGGCAUAUACAGGGGACUUGCGCUCUAAAAGGAGAUGGCCUUUAUGAAGGGUUGGACUGGUUGGCGAGCACUCUAAAGGAGUUGAAGGCGGCAGGCUAUUCCUCAAUAGGCACCUCCUCCUGAUUAACCAGGUUUACUCGAACAUAAACUUUUUGACCAUGCUCAAGGUGCGCAUUCAGCACGUUUUGUGCUGUAGCUGUACUUAACUUUCAGAUAUUAUGAACUAGCGUGCUAAUGAAAAUAUAUCAUGGUUGGUACUUGAUAUAGCACGAACUCCGCUGUAUAUUACUAUAAGCCCUUGGGUUGUACAAGUGCCUUGCCCGUUGCAAUUGAAUGUUAAUAGAAUUAAGAAAGGGGAUUUACAAUGAUUUGGCUUCUCUCUCACACAAAAUAUUGGGCCAAGUAAUUUGUCUGUUCUAUCGACCCCCAUGUUAUCAUCUUCUUUUUUAUAUUUAUGAUUAUGAGUUUUGACCACA